CUGGCGCUACUGCCACUGGUGCGGUAAAGUUGAGUGUGGCAAGUCAUCAUACAAGUGGCACAGGGGCGGCAGAGGCGCUAAACAAGUUUCACACACCCUUUUUUUCGGAUAAAAAAGCUAUUUUUUCCUAAUCGUCCGGGGACAGGAACACUGUAUAAUAUGGCUGCUCUUUCAGCCUGGUUUUGGAACGAGAGGUUUUGGCUGCCACACAACGUAACCUGGGCGGAUCUGGCAGACCCAGCGCCCGGGGUGGAGUAUCCUAAAGCUGGACACUUGUUUACUGCCUUACCGCUUGCUUUGGGAAUCUUCGCCUUCAGGAUACUCUUCGAGAGAUUUAUUGCCAGUGCCUGUGCCCGCAGUCUCCACCUUCAGCCAGGUGUUGGAAGAAGAGCUCAGCCCAAUGCAGUGCUGGAGAAAGUGUUUACAUCCAUCACAAAGAAUCCAGACUCCCGCCAUCUGGAUGGCCUGUCUAAGCAGCUGGACUGGGAGGUGCGAAAGGUCCAGCGUUGGUUCAGACACCGCAGGAACCAAGAUAAACCCAGCACACAUACUAAGUUCUGCGAGAGCAUGUGGAGGUUUACAUUUUAUUUGUGCAUAUUUACCUAUGGGUUCCGGUUUCUGUUGCAGUCCCCUUGGUUGUGGGAUACACGGCAUUGCUGGUACGGUUACCCCUUUCAGGUCAUGACUCCGGGCCUUUACCACUACUAUGUGACAGAACUGGCCUUCUACUGGUCACUCAUGUUCUCCCAGUUCACUGACAUAAAAAGGAAGGACUUCCUGAUCAUGUUCAUUCACCACCUGGCUACAGUCGGCCUGAUCACGUUUUCCUAUGUCAACAACAUGGCGCGAGUAGGAAGCCUGGUGUUGUGUGUCCAUGAUGCCUCUGAUUUCCUGCUAGAGGCAGCCAAGCUGGCCAACUAUGCCAAAUACCAGCGCCUGUGUGACUUCCUCUUCAUUGUAUUUAGUGUAGUUUUCUUUAUCACACGACUUGUUAUAUAUCCAAUAUGGGUCCUGAACUCCACUAUGUUUGAGAGCUGGGCCAUAGUAGGGCCGUUCCCGUCCUGGUGGCUCUUCAACUUGUUACUGCUGGUCCUUCAAGUGCUGCAUAUCAUCUGGUCCUACCUCAUAGCCCGUAUAGCUGUCAAAGCCAUGCUACGUGGCAAGGUGUGCAACGAUGUCCGCAGCGACAUUGAGAGCAGCUCAGAAGAAGAGGCAGACACGCCCAGAGAGGGCCUCAAGACUUCUGCUCAUUCUUCCAAGGGAGAAAACGGCACUAACGGCCACUGUGCUGCUGCCAAAGCCCGAGUGCAGAACCACAGCAGCUGGUGACAUGGAGUCUGAAGCCGGGAGCCCCCUGCAGUUUAUAACCUCACAAUGUCUCCAAGAGCUUUGUUUGUCUUACGACAGCCCUCUGCAAUGCAAGGCUCAUGCCCACAUUCACACACACAGUCUACUCUACUAUCACACAUUACACUGACAGUGAGUGUGCAGAGAUUCAUAUGUUGGUGAACUGAUGAUGGAUAUGCAGACACUGACAUCGGCUUUGAAGAUCCCUGUAACGACACAUAUGACACAGCUCAAGAGAUGAAAUGACGGAAAUCAGCCGAAGCAAGUGAUUUGCAUAGCCUUAUCAUUCAAAUGAUGGGAUUUAUUUUGUGCUGAGUUAGACUGCAGAUGUUGGUUGGUUUCAAUGUUCUCUCCCAGUUUUAUUGGUCAGAUGAACUUGAUUAUUUUUUUUCUAAGGGUUAAUUCACACUGGAGCACACAGGGCAGAAAACUGCUGCUGGGGUGAGUUUAAACUUUCAAGCAUGUUGCACUUCUCAUUUCAAGUUAGACACGUGACAGCACGUAUUACUCACAGAAAUAACAGUAUGGUUGUGAAUGUGGUUUUAUCAGCCCCAGAAAGCAGGACACCUGCUUUGUGUGACCACAAGUGCAACACACUGGAAACUUUAAACAGCAGCUGUUUCUGCCCUUUGCAGUUUUUUUUGUGCAUUUACCCUUUAACCACAUUGUUGAGCUACUUUGUGACUUACUGUUUUGUUCUGUUUUACAGUUUUUUUUACUUCCUCUGAGACCAAAUGUUUAUGAAAUUGUUGGAUGUCACAGCCCAUGGAGGAAUUCAGGUAUGAGGACCAUGCUAAAUGACUGGUAUCAUGUUCUCACUUGAGUGCCUUGUAAAAAAAUAUUUCCAAAUAUAUUCUCUUGUUGAAAGA